AUGUUCAUCUCGGUGAUAUUACUCCUCUCAUUGAUCUCAGUCCACGCCAUUCCUCGUCGCACAAACGAACCAUGGACCGUGAUUUUAUGCAAAUUUGCGGAUCAGCCGAAUUACGAACCCAAGACGAAGGAAUGGGUACGACAAUGGAUAAUGGGCGAUCAUCCCGACUCCAUCAAGAGCUACUUUGAACAAGUCUCGAAUGGUGUAUAUACGAUUGAAGGUAGUGAAGUUCAUGGAUGGCUACAGUUGCCGUUUAAGCAGAAGGAGAUUCUGGCGUUGGCCAAGAUUCAGAGCAGCUUUACGCUUGGCAGCGAGAGCAGUUUUUUGGUGAGUUUUUUAAAAUUAGUUUUAAUAAUGCUGUUUGGUUUAAUUUAUUUAGCGGGUGGUAGUAACAAGUCAGGAUUUUAACUUUUAUUAGGCUUAAGAUAUUAGUGUGAUAUACAUUUUUUUAGUUUUAUAUUUUAAUAAUUAACAUUUUAUAGUUUAAGCCUAAAAUAAUCCUAAAUUAUUUUUGUUUUAAAAUUAAAAAAAAGUGUUAUUUUUUGAAUAAUAAAACACAGAAAAUAAGCCUAAAAAGAUUGUGUUUUUUUGUUUCUUGAAUUUAAGCCUAAAAUAAGCCUAAAAAGAUUGUUUUUCUUGUUUAUUCAACCUAUGCCUAAUGAAAAUAAGCCUAAAACAUUUUUGUUUUAAAAUUCAAAUAAAAUAUUAGUUUUUGAAUGAUAAAAGACAGAAAAUAAGCCUAAAUAAGUUUUUUUUUCUUUUUAAUUGAAUUUAAGCCUAAAAUAAGCCUAAAAUAUUUUUCUUUUAAAAUUCAAAACAAGUAUUAUUUUUUAAAUGAUAUAACAAAGAAAAUACGCCUAAAAAAGCUUUUUUUGUUUAUUGAAUUUAAGCCUAAAAUAAGCCUAAAAUUUUCUUGUUGGAGUUGAAGUUACUCAAACAUUUUUACUUUCAGUACUUUGACAAAAUCAAAGAAUUGUGCAUAAAAGAAGCCGAACGAAAUGGCAUCGCUCCUCACCGCCAAAAAAUCACCAUAGUAAACGGUGGUACUAACGCAGUAUUCGACAAACAAUAUGGAGUACUAUUAACCCCACAGCUAAUGAAUACAAGUGUACUAACGCACGAGAUGGUACACUCCUUCUUCAUCGGUCAUUCGUACAGCGAUCGACAAAAGAAGGUGUUCCAGUACGCUCUGAAUGGCGAGUAUGAUGACAGGUACGACUUGAUGAGCACGGCCAAUGCUUUCAUGCACCCGUCGAAGUACGGUAUGGCUGGGCCUGGCCUGAAUGGGGCUCAUUUAGACUUUUUGGGAUGGUUACCUAUGGAUCGUAUGUUAUAUUUCGGCAGAGAUGGGCGACAGAACUACACGUUGAGAUUGUCGUCGCUUAGUGUAGCACAUAACGCUACACGAGGAUGGUUGUUUGUUAUGAUACCGUAUGACCGUAGUAACUCGAGGAAUUUUUAUACUGUGGAAUUGAGAACACCGCAUAAUUAUGACAGAGGCAUUCAGCAGGUAUGUUUUGCCUUUUAAAGUCAUGAUAAGCAUGUUUUAGGCUUCAAUAUUGAUUCACCGUGUACAACGUGCUGGCGAGAGUUACUAUAGUGUGUUGGUAACUCAAAAGGAUUACUAUGAGCUGACCGAAGGUACAGAGUGGGUAAAAUUCCUCGAUUUUACUACGAAUGGCUAUCAAGUACUUCGAGUUACUGUUAAGAAAGUAUACUCUACUGAUGCUGAUGUUACCAUUAGCUCGACUUUUUCACCGGUAAGUUGUCUAAUAUGGAUUACUGUAACUUUUUUAGGUAGGGUAGGGUAGGGUAGGGUAGGGUAGGGUAGGGUAGGGUAGGGUACGGUACGGUACUGUAGAGUAGGGUAGGGUACAAAUUCCUAUUCUUACAAACCUUACAGUACUGAUUUUGUAAACCUUACAGUACUAUUUUCAGACAGAAUGUCGACUAGGUGAAUUGACCAGUCGAUUACGAGAACCCACUGCUGGUGUAGAACAUGUUUGUCUAGAAAAAGUACGAAAUGUUGAGAUAUCUGAUAUACGACGACAAGUAGCACGACAACAUUUCUACUCUGACGCCAUCACUGUUGGUGCUAACUCAUGUCGUACUGGCAAACUGUGGCGUGCUAUCGAUGCUUAUGAUUAUGUCUGUGUUGAUCCAAAACGGUAGGUUUAGAUGGUUUACCGUAGUUUUAAAACAUUGUUUAUGAAUGUUAUGGGUACAUUUUCAGCCAAGAACAAGUACUAUCCGAGUCAGAGCACCAAACAGAACGCUACAAUCAAACUACUCAAGGAUGUGUAGAUUCGUUCGUGCCUAGGGAAGCCUUCAGAACAGACAAGAUUUGUGUAUCUGAAGAGGAAAAGAAUGCUACACUCAGUGAUAACGUCGAAGCUCAUCUGAAUUUAAAGUUUUUUGAAUUUUUCAACGGAGUCGACACUGUCGGACCUUAG